AUGGCGGACAUGCAGGAACUUCCUGUACAAACUGCUAAGAAAGCUUCGUACAUCCAUGACGAAGAUGCAUUCGACGGCCAACCCAGCUUGGUUAUCGAAGAAAUAGCUUACGAAAGAAAUGGCCUCAAAGGAAUCGUUAACUCGCCAUAUGUCUGUGGUGCAGCUCUGCUCGCAUCGUUCGGAGGACUAUCAUUUGGUUAUGGAGUAAUAUCAUUGAUUCUGGUGAUGCCUCAAUUCAUCGAUCAAUUCCCCCAGGUGGACUCCAAUGCCCCACGGUACGGCUUUCACACCGGUUUCCUCACAGGAAUGCUAGAGCUUGGCGCUUUUGUGGGGUGUUUAUUCUUUCCGUAUGUUGCGGAUCGAAUUUCAAGGAAAUGGGGCAUCAGCAUUGCAACUGGAUUUUUCUGUGUCGGUGCCAUCAUUCAAACAGCAGCCAAUGAAUACGACACACUUGUGGCUGGGAGGUUCAUUGGUGGUAUUGGUGUCGGUACAUUGGCAAUGGGUGCACCGCUGUACAUUUCCGAAAUUGCUCCACCUAACUUACGAGGUUCUCUGAUGGUGCUUGAGGCUAUUAGUAUCGUGAUUGGAGCCGUGGUUGCUUAUUGGAUUACAUAUGGUACAAGGGCGGUCAGCGGAGAUUGGGCAUUCCGAUUACCAUUUCUUCUCCAAAUGAUCCCAGCCCUAGUCGUUGGUUUGGGGAUUCACCUGUUUCCUUUCUCACCCAGGUGGCUCGCCUUACGUGACCGGAAAACAGAAAGCCUGAUGUCUUUAGCCCAGCUACGACGACUUCCACCGACAGACGAAACAGUUCAGUCGGAGUGGAGAGGGAUCCUUACCGAAGUUCGGUUUCAGCGAGAGAUAAUGCACAACCAAUAUCCCAAUACAGGGCCAGCAAUGUUGGAGCUCAAAGGAUGGAUGGACUUGUUUCGUCCUCGGUAUCUUCGCAGAACAGCCGUUGCAAUCGCUAUCCCUUUCUUCCAACAGUUCUCAGGAAUUAAUGCGUUCGUUUACUAUGCUCCCACAUUCUUGUCCAGCUUGGGUCAGAGCUACAAUACCUCUUUGAUUCUCUCCGGAUUAGUGAAUGUUGUCCAGCUAGUCGCUAGUUUUCCCACUCUUAUUUACUUGGACAAAAUCGGAAGACGCAAGCUCGCCAUUUUUGGUGGUGUCUCUAUGGCUAUUCCACAUCUCAUAAUGGCAGGCAUAUACGAAAGUUUCAGCGAUAGCUGGACGUCUCACAAGGGCGUUGGGUGGUUUGGUGUGGCUCUGAUCUAUAUCUAUGUUGCCUGUUACGCUGCUUCAUACGGACCCCUUGCUUGGGUUCUUCCCGCCGAAGUAUUCCCAAGCUCUAGACGGGCCAAGGGUGUCGGUCUCGCGACUGCGACCAUCUGGUUGGCGAACUUCAUAAUAGGAGUUAUGGUUCCUCAAAUGCUUGUCUCUCUUGGAUGGGGUACCUUUUUAUUCUUCGGGCUGUUUUGCGUAGCUGCCGCAAUUUUCUCCUUCUUUUUUGUGCCAGAGACAGCAAACAAGUCUCUGGAGCAAGUCGCAGGUGUCUUUGGGGACUCUCUCAAUCAUACCGAAGAUGAGAUUCAAGCUCGAAUUGAGCAGGAGAUAUGGGCCGAAACCAGAGACCGGGCUUCAAACCAAGCGGGUGCUUGA